AUGCCUGGGAGAGUACUGCCGACGUUUACCUCCGCCGAAGUCAAAUCUCACAAUACCGCCAAGUCUUGCUACAUCACCUUGGGGGCUAACGUUUACGAUGUCACCGAUUUCCUCGAAUCGCACCCCGGUGGUGGUGAUCUAAUCUUGGAGUAUGCCGGCCAGGAUGUAAAGGAUAUUCUGAAGGAUGAGAUAUCCCACGAACACAGCGAUGCUGCCUAUGAAAUUUUGGACGAGUGUCAUAUUGGCUUUGUCUCCGAUGUCCCGGUGUCUGGCAAAACCACAACUGUUAUCGAAACCGUGACUGAAACCGAGUCUGGCCCCGUUUACACAACCACCGGAAUGUCGCGGGAGGAAGAUCUGUCAAUGGACACCGACUACAGCCAGGAUUACAAGACCCACAAAUUCCUAGACUUGAACAAGCCGCUUUUGAUGCAGCUGUGGAACAGCAACUUCUCCAAGGAGUUCUACUUGGAGCAGAUUCACCGGCCUCGUCACUACCGGGGAGGAGAGUCCGCUCCUCUGUUCGGCAACUUCCUCGAGCCUCUCAGCAAAACCGCGUGGUACGUGGUGCCAAUUAUUUGGUUGCCAUUUGUUAGUUAUGGAAUUACGGUCGGAGCUGCCGGUCUAGGGAGUCCCACUGCAGCUGCCUCUUACUUUUUCGGCGGCGUGUGCCUCUGGACUCUGAUCGAGUAUCUGAUGCACCGAUUCCUCUUCCACAUUGACCACUGGCUUCCGGACAACCGCGUCGGUCUGACCCUGCACUUCCUGCUCCACGGUAUCCACCACUACCUUCCGAUGGACAAGUACCGUCUUGUUAUGCCACCGACUCUGUUUGUGGUUCUAGCUGCUCCUUUCUGGAAGCUGGCACACGCUGUCUUCUCUUACAACUGGUACGCGGCUACGUCGGUAUUCUGUGGCGGCGUCUUCGGGUAUAUCUGCUAUGAUCUCACCCAUUAUUUCCUACACCACCGCAACCUCCCUUCAUACUACAAGGAUCUCAAGAAGUAUCACCUCCAGCAUCAUUUCGCCGAUUUCGAGAAUGGCUUUGGCGUGACCAGUCGAUUCUGGGAUCGAGUCUUUGGCACCGAGUUGGUAUGCCCAACCCCGAAAGGCACCAAGGCUCAGUGA